UCUGCCUGACGGCGCUCGCUGCCGGCUGUCCUCCUGACUCGUUCUGGGACCACGGAUGAGGAUGCAACCUGGCGCCAACUGAACCUGCUGGUCAGCCCCGCGUCCCGCAGCCGGCCGAUAGCGGUCUCCCGCCGUGACUGGUUUCUCCCACGCUGGCUGUUGAUUUCCUUCGGCUGCAGGUGAUGCUUUUGCAUUAAAAAAGACACCAUAAACAACAAGGACAAAGGGGGGGGUUUGAAACCGACGAUAUCAAGAUGGCAGACAAGGAUAGUGUGGAGAAGUACUUGGAAAACAAUCCCCAGUUUGCGAAAGAGUACUUUGACAGGAAGGUGAACGCCCAAGCGCUGACGGCUGCCUUCGGCUCCAAAGUUGAAGCCAAGGAUGCCAACUCGUUCAAGGACAUCACGGCCAUCCAGGAGGCGGUGGUCAUCUUUGAGCUGGUGCAGGAGAUGCAGAAGGUGGGGAACAUGGAGCAGUCCAUGCACAAGGUCCUGCAGAGAGUGUGCUCCAUCAUCCAAGCGGACAGGGUCAGCUUUUUCUUUUGUCGCUCACGAAACGGAAUACCCGAGCUCACGACUAACCUCUUUGACAUCACGCCGACUUCUCCGUUCGAGACCAACUUGGUGCAUCCCCGGAGUGAGAUCGUUUUCCCCACAGAUAUCGGAAUUGUGGGACACACGGCGCACACCAAAAAGCCGCACAACGUACCAGAUGUCACCAAGAAUUCCAAAUUUAGUGACUUUGUGGACAGACAGACAGACUACAAAACCAAGAACAUGCUGACGUUUCCCCUGAUGGCCGAGAAGGAAGUUCUGGGGGUUGUCAUAGUGCUCAACAAAAUCGGUGCAGAUGCCUUCACCAACGAGGAUGAGAAGCUCUUCCACAGGUACAUGAACUUCGCUCAGGUCAUCGCGCUGCAGGAACACACGGCCUACAUGUUCAACGUGGAGUCCAGGAGGAGUCAGGUGCUGCUCUGGUCGGCCAGCAAGGUGUUUGAAGAGUUGACAGACAUUGAGAGACAGUUCCACAAAGCCCUGUACACCGUACGGACAUACCUCAACUGCGAGCGCUACACUGUGGGACUCCUGGACAUGACCAAGGAGAAGGAGUUCUACGAUGAAUGGCCGGUGAAACUGGGAGACGUGGAGCCCUACAAGGGGCCAAAGACACCCGACGGCAGGGAAAUUAUCUUCUACAAAAUCAUUGACUAUUUGCUGGAGGCCAAAGAAGAAAUUAAAGUCAUACCGGGUCCCCCCGCCGAUCACUGGGGGCUGGUCAGCGGUCUGCCCACCUACGUAGCCGAGAACGGAUUUAUCUGCAACAUGAUGAAUGUAGCAGCAGAUGAAUAUUUCACCUUCCAGAAAGGGCCAGUGGACGACUCAGGCUUUGUCAUCAAGAACGUCCUGUCUCUGCCCAUCGUCAACAAGAAGGAAGAAAUCGUGGGCAUCGCCACCUUCUUCAACAGAAAGGACGGCAAGCCCUUCGACGAACACGACGAGCAGAUCACAGAAGCCCUCACCCAGUUCCUGGGCUGGUCCGUGCUGGUGUGUGACACCUACGACCGCCUGAACCGCAUGGAGUGGCGGAAGGACAUCGCCCAGGAGAUGCUCAUGUGUCAGACCCAGUGCACGCCCGCCGAGCUGCAGACCAUCCUGAACACCAAGGAGAAGUUUGACGCCCUACCAGAGGACUGUGACCAGAAGGAGAUGUACAAACUCUUGAGAGCGACGUGCCCAGUGGCGACCGACGUCCACGGGGAAUCCCUGCUCCUCUUCUCCUUCAGCGACUUCCCCUCCUCCGAGAACGACCUCAUCAAGGCCGGCAUCCGCAUCUUCUUCGAGCUCAACGUGGUGGAGAAGUUCAAGGUCCCCGCAGAGACGCUGACCAAGUGGAUGUACACCGUCCGGAAGGGCUACCGUGACAUCACCUACCACAACUGGAGGCACGGCUUCAACGUGGGCCACACCAUGUUCUGUCUGCUGCAGACGGGUAGACUUCGGAAGUACUACUCUGACCUGGAUGCCUUCGCCAUGGUGGCGGCCGCGUUCUGCCACGAUAUCGACCAUCGAGGAACCAACAACCUCUACCAGACCAAGAGUGGCUCCCCUCUGGCCAAACUCCACGGCUCCUCCAUCAUGGAGAGACACCACCUCGAGUUCAGCAAGACCAUCAUGGCAGAAGAGAGCCUCAACAUUUUCUGCAACCUCCAGAAGCGACAGUUCGAGACGGUACAGCACCUGUUUGACGUCUGCAUCAUUGCCACUGAUCUGGCGCUCUACUUCAAGAAGCGAACCAUGUUCCAGAACAUCGUGAACGCCACAGAGCCCAUGGAGGACGAGAAGGAAGCCAUUGCAUACAUCUCCAACAACGCCACCCGCAAGGAAAUCAUCAUGGCGAUGAUGAUGACUGGCUGUGAUUUGUCGGCUAUUACCAAGCCUUGGGAGGUUCAAAGCAAGGUGGCUCUGAUGGUGGCCGCUGAGUUCUGGGAACAGGGAGACUUGGAGAGGAGUGUCCUCGACCAGCAGCCUAUUCCCAUGAUGGACAGAAAUUGUGCAGAGCAGCUACCCAAGAUGCAGUGCGGUUUCAUUGACUUUGUGUGCUCGUUUGUGUAUAAGGAGUUCUCCCGGUUCCACAAGGAGAUCACGCCCAUGUUCGACGGGUUGAAGAACAACCGCGCGCACUGGGAUGAGCAGGCACAGGUGUACAACGCCAAGAUGAAGCUCAUCGAAGACGAGAAGAAGAAGCUGGAGGACGCGGCCGGAGGCAAAGAGGACGGUGGCAAGUCCAAGACGUGUACCAUCUGCUAAAGCAUCUUGUCUUGUCUGCACCCUGGCUGGUCUGAAGAGGUCCACACCAGCCUGUUGUAGUCCAAUCUGGACCACUGCUCUCUAGACUAGUUGGAUCUAGGCUAGAUUAGGCAGCUGGGCCUUUUAGACCCACCGACCCCAGCCUGGGAUCAGAGGGUCUCUCUUGGUCUUGUUGAUGUUAGUCUAGCGUUGGAUCCAGGGUUGGUUCUGAUAUUCUGGGUGGUCUGGAUCAGGGAGGCUCGCGAUGGGUUUCGGAGUAGCGGUAAGGAGGAGUGGGGUCUUUGAGGAGGUUUUCAGACUUGUUCAGACUCGUUAAGACACACCCAUUUAUUGUUGGGUUUUUUUUGUUUUUGUUUUUUGAAGACACACUUUAACCUCUUAAGGUGAGUGGGUACCUGGCAAUUUAUGUUUUCCAAAUCGACCACAUUUGUGAGAAGUUAUCUAUUCUCUAUAUAUUGACCGUUAUCAAGGGGGGUUUAUGGUCGCAUAACCAAAUCUGACUGAAACUCAAAUUAGACAAUUACAAAUGCAAGAGCAGUUAACUCGUUUUUAGAAAUUCUCAGAAUUAGUUGGAUGGUAUUCCCGUUACAACAACCAAUGUUUAGCCUCUUCUGUCCUCCUUGGUGGUGACGACGGUGAACAUUGGUGAAGUUGGGCGGCGGUACUGUACACCUACUGGGGGAUUGACACUCCUAGUUAAGAGAUUCUGUAUGGUUUUUAAACUCGACUUCAGAAGAACAAUGACGAUUUGAUAUUCAUGGGAUUGUAUAUUUAGAAAAAAAAGGUAGAAGUGGACUAGGAAGGGGCAGGAACGCCAGACAAUGCAAGUUUUAAUCAUUUUGGUUCUAGCUAGCUAGCGGCUAUUGAGGGUAAUGUAGUUUCGAUGGGUGGCAGGGGGAUACGUUUUAAUAUGCAGAUAUAUUUAUUUUUUGAAUAUUUGUCUGAGGAAAUGUUUUGUACUUUGUCUGUUUUUGAAUGGGGAGCCAGUAGGGCUUGACAGUUGAUCCAAAUCGGUAGCGAUAUUCAGGUCAGGUCAAGAUACACAUUUAUUUGUAAGGUUCUUGCUAACCUUUUCUUUCUGCUAUAUUGUUAAGCAGAUAAUGAGACAGGACUACAAUAACUUGCAAUAUACAUAUAUACAAUUUAUAUGCACGUUAGUCUAAACUUCAAUUCUGUAAUUGUUACUUAAAUUGUACUUAAAUGUAUAUGAUGAACUUCCAAAUAUUGUAGUGAAAAAAAGAGAGAUAAUACUUUGCAAUUGUUAAAUAUCCAUCAUGGGCACACAUACGAACAUAAGUCAUUCAAAUGUGGACAAAUAGACGUGGACUAAAACGGAGCUUUACGUGUCCAAAGCUAACAGGUCUAGCAAGCAACAGGAGGGCUGUGUAGCUCAAGAAAAUACGAUUAAAUUUGGAGAUCCACCCCAGCUUAAGGCUUUAAAUACCCUUCCUGCAGAGAAGAUAAGGGCUGACCUAACCCCAGCCCUGUCAUGUCUGUGCAUGGCGAUGGCUCCUGUGCUUGUUCCUGCAGUAGCGCCUGCUUAUGCUCACGCAGUGCACAGUUCAUGACCUAAUUACGCGAUCACACAGGCUGUUUGUUUUCAGUCUGAUGAACCAUGAACCCGUUGCGACGGUAAAGAGAUAAUGUAAAUGUAAAACAAAAAACAUUUGGUCCACAACAAAUGCGGGUCUAGAGGACUGAAGGAGGAUUUGCGACUUUUACGCGACUUUGACCCCCUGGAGUUAUGCAACAUGUCCGCCACUAUAAUCCACGGGACAUCGAUCAGAGGCUAAUCCUAUCCCCAUGGCUUUGAGGCUAUCUUGUGUAUCUAGUCCAGCUUGUGUUCAUGUUCUGGACGCAAGUGAGCCAAACUGCUAAAGGCUUUGUCUUUAUAAUUCGUUAGGAGUAUAUCGAUAUUUUAAAUGGUACGUUUUAAAAGUGCCCUAGGACAAGCUACAUACAUACACCUGUUUUGUUGUCAGGGAAUUACAUUUUCCGCACAAAUUUCAAAUGAAGCAUCUCUGGUUAGUUAUAAAUGUAAAUAAACAUCUGAUCAGGGGAGAAUGAGUUUGAAUUCAAACCCAACGCUGGGUUGGUUUGUGUAAUGGUGCCACGGCAUGAAGAGAGGAACGCUAUCUCCACAUCGCUGACCGCCGCUGUACAUUAACGUAUGUUUCAUCAGAUGUAACCUGUAUAUACAAAAUAAAGGAAAGGAAACGUA